UCUCUCUGUGUUUUGUAGAAGACCGGAGGCAAAAGCUCAAUCUCAUGGUGUGUAUCGUUUAUCCUUCUGGCGCGAUGGAGAGAGAUUGCGACAUAGUAGAUUUGGACCAACCCUCUCUCGGAACAGUGAUCAGUAUCAAAGAUGGAUCAACGCCCACUGAUAUAUCGACAACGUCUAGUACAACGGAAGACAAGCUUUGUUCUGGUUGUGGGUGUCUUAUCAAAGAUCGGUAUAUCUACAGGGUAAUGGAGGACAGUUACCACGAGAGCUGCCUCCGAUGCUCGUGCUGCCAACUGUCUUUGAGCUCAUUCAAGAAGUGCUUCUCACGGCAUGGAAACAUCUAUUGUGAACACGACCAUCAAAUGCUAUAUGGGAAGCGUUGCCGGAGAUGCAUGACACUGCUUCUGCCAACUGACAUUGUCCAUCGCGUACAUUUUAUGUACUAUCAUGCGCAAUGUUUCAGCUGCUGUUCCUGUCAACGACCAUUUAAUCUGGGUGAUGAAUAUCAUGUAUUCGAUGGAGAAGUAUUUUGUCGGAAUGACUACCAGUCCAUUUGUAAUUUUCAAACAAUAUCAAAUCCAGACCCUCUCAUGGAAGAAGUAGUACGGUCAGAAAUCCACCGAAAAACGCCAAAACGACCAAGAACGAUCCUCAAUGCUCAGCAACGGAGACAGUUUAAGACUGCUUUUGAAAGAAGUUCAAAACCAAGUCGAAAGGUCAGGGAGCAACUCGCAAAUGAAACUGGCCUCAGUGUUCGUGUUGUGCAAGUUUGGUUUCAAAAUCAGAGGGCGAAGAUCAAGAAGCUGAACAAGAAAGAUUCGGAUUCAGGGGAUACAUUUAAACACGGGCCUGGAAGUGAGGGACGGAGCACGGAAGACAUUCGAAGCUCUGAUGAUGAGGAAGAGUCUGUGAUAAGUAAGUUGAAGAGAAUAGGUAUAGAUAUUGGCGAGUUGUGGCUUUACAAAUUGAAAUCAGUUUUUCAAAAAGUUAGAAAGUUUGUUCCGUAAUGUAUCGAGAGCUAUAGGUACAAAAGAAACAUUACACACGCCUGGUGUAUAUCAGUCUAAACUACACCAUUUUUGUCUAUUCUCGAAUACCUAGUUAGACCACAGGUGAUGCUGAAAGUUUCUAACAAUCGGCAAUUUUGAGAAGCCCGGUCAGAGCUCUAAUCUUUGCACGCCGAAAACACUUAUGUUAGUCCGGUUAAAUUGGUCAAUCUUUUCUUGACUAGCAAUCCGGUGUAAAAUAGAUUGAUCCACGUUUUGGGAAUAUGAGGGUUCCCGAGCCCGGCAAAAUUGCGAACCUUAAAACAAUCAAAUUCAAGAAGGCUUCACGCGUAGUACACAUGGUACGGCUAGCCGAUACGGUCCGUGCUUGUGUCGGCUAACCAUGCCAGGUGAAUUCCUAUAGAUUUGUAUAACCGGUGAGGUGUCGGGCGAUGCAGGCCCAACUCGAAAUUUGCAGCAAGAUCGGCCUAAGCUUCACUAUACUUUUACAUAAUUGUUCAGUUGGUCAGUCCCGGAUAGCUGAACCAAAAGGGCUAAAACUAUAGACUUCUAGAAUUCAAACAAUUGUUCUUAUCAAAAAAAAAAUUCAGACCUGGACGCUGACGAGGUGGAGACUUCGGAAACUUCAAGCUACACGGACCCAAUUCAAAAACUGUAUAAUAUGACAUCUUCCCAAAUUUAUUUUCCAUAUCACUCUUGACUUUUUUUGUUCGGAAAUCAAACCACCCGCUUUAUUUUGCUUUUCACCUCAUAUUAUUUAUUUCGAGUUGCUAUUUUUUUGAAUUUUGAGAAAGAUAAAUAUUUAUUUCAUUA